CAGGCUUGGUUUGACUUUCACAGAAGCCAGGACAGGCACCAACCAGAAUCCCCAUUUCACAGGCGUAAGAGAACCGAGUCAGAGCAGCUACACGUGCUCACGGCUGGUUUCAUGGCUAGCCAGAAAACAAUCGGGAUUUACUUUGCUUUGGAUGGUCUGUAUUUAUUUAUUUUAUUGCAUUUCCACCUCAGUAGAGCACCCAGGUCUUGCGAGGCCGACUAAAAUCAGAACCGGCGCUGUGCCCCGCCCUCAGCAGCGCGCACGCGCAUUGCAGCCUCGCCCUCUGCCGGAAACUACUCCUUCCGGCAGGCCUAGCACCGGCGCGACGCACUUCCUCCCGGCGUCCCCCGCGACGGGAAGGAGCCAAGUGAGCUCGAAGCUGACGCGACCAACCUUCGUCGCCGCCGUCCUCGCCGCCGAGCCGAGAGGAGCCGUCGCGGCCGACCCUGCCGCCCCCGCCGGUCACCAUGUCCGCCCAGGCGCAGAUGCGGGCCCUGCUGGACCAGCUCAUGGGCACGGCCCGGGAUGGUUCAGUGUAUCUUUGCCUGCCUACAUCAAUCUGCAAGGGAGUUGCAGAAAAGCCUCAUGUUCAUCGAGCCGAGAUGAAACCAGACAGAGGGUCAAGUUUACAGAUGACCGUGUCUGCAAGAGUCAUCUUCUGGAUUGCUGUCCGCAUGACAUCCUGGCUGGGACGCGCAUGGAUUUAGGAGAAUGUACCAAAAUCCACGACUUGGCCCUCCGAGCUGAUUAUGAGAUUGCAAGUAAAGAAAGAGACCUGUUUUUUGAAUUAGAUAUGCCCAGUAUAACAGUUCUGUGUUUCCAGGCCCGGUAUCCUGGGUUAAAACCCCUCUGUGACCUUGGGCAGGUUAUUCACUCUUCCUACCCAUCUGUAAGUAGAGCUGGUGAUGAGAGGAUUAAGUGUAGAGACUUUGGAGCCAAAUCACAAGGGUCCUGUUGCUGUCCCUUACCACUUUGGAAAUGGCACCUCAGUUUCUUCAUCUGGGAAACAGACCAUCGGAGGCUGCGCUGCUGUUCACACUAUUGCCCAGGGCUCCUGCUCUCGGGAUGUUCUGCUGACCUCAUGGGCUUGCUUCAGGCUCUCCAGCGGGUGUGCUGCUGUGGGCAGGCAGAGCUGGGACAGCCCCAGCCUGGGUGCCUGCCAUGUGCCAGCACUCUGCGCAGCCACUCUCAGUGGGUCAUGUCUCCUCGUGACCCUGAUGUAGAGGUUGGAAGACUAUCUAGUAAGUGGUAGCUUGUGAUUAGGAUGUCAUUUUUUAGACCCGAAUACUUUUUUUUCUCUUCUAAUCAUUUAAACGUGCUCUUUGAUUUAGGAACCAAUAUGAAUGGAGAAGGACAUUGAAGAGAGGGAGGGAGGACAGUAGGACAGAGUGUUUUUUAAAGAAUGUGGCAGUUAUGAGACAUGUUUGUGGUCGCCUAUUCUGUGUUGCAGAGUUUACCAUUUAGUUUUUAGCUUGAUCAGAUGUUUGAGUCUGCAGCUGAUUUGGGUUCUGCCUAAGGUGCAGGUGGUUGAUUUGACUGGUUAAAGUCAUUAGCAGGGUUGUCAGAUGUCUGUCCCUCACUCCUGAUGAGUGGGUCCCUGGGCCUGCCUCAGGUGUGACGUCACUCCUUCAGGUAGACAAUAGAGGGACCCUGCGCCAAAGUCUCAGGGCUGUGCAUGGGCAAACCUGGGCAUCAGAGGCUGGCCUGCUAGGAGCUGCUGUCCCAGGUGAGUGCCAGUGGAAUGUGAUCCAUAUCCUCUCACUGGGACUUUGAUCAUAGUGAGUCCCAAACCUGUCAGCAGGACCGGGCAACUCAACAUCCUUCUGGGAAGCACAUGUAUGUUGGCAAACCAAUGGCAAUCAUUUACUUUCCAUAUUCGGAUGACCAGUGAUAAGAAAGAGGUUGCGAGUUCCCAAAUCAAUCACUGGAAAUACAGUGAAAUCUGAGCUGGCCUCGGUGGAUGGUGAUGCUUUAGCCUCUUUGCAGUAUCCUGGGGGACUCAGCACCCGCAGAGCCUCUGCCCUGUCUUGACCUGCCGCCAAGUGUGCGUUUAUUUGGGAGUUGCCUUGGGCAUUUCUGGAGGAGACCCUGUCUCUCCAGGGGUGUCCCUUUUGUCCACUCCAGUGUCACGCUGAUUCUCGUGGAGCACUGCUCUCCCCUGGCCAGUUUUGUGGGGAGGGACAUGGAUUGGCACCACUUGGUCUGUCGGCCUAACUUUGGUCUGCCUUACUAUCAUCUCUACCCCAAAUUUUCUGUUGUAUUUUUUUAGUGAUAGAACAUACAGUCCAACACUCUCAUCCACUGCUUACACACUUAACACGUUGCUGACAUUAGCUGACUCGCAGGGGACUGAAAAGGUGACCACCCAGCUUCAUGGCUGGAAACAUGAUGUCCUGUUUGUAUGUCGAUAUGGAGUUGUGCUGGGGCCUUUGACUCUUGAUGACAAGGUAGCUGCUUGUCAGUGUUCCUGUAGGUCCCACAGACUCUUCCGGGUAAGGAAUCAGAUCUCUAGUUCUUGCGUCUUGUGGGUAAGUGGUAACCAGCUCGCAGUAAUACUUGUUCUAUUGUUUUGUUUUGAGGUGGAAGGGGGAGCUCUACCCUCAGAGCAUGGGGGAGUAGUAUUUACGUGGCUCACAAAGGACCAGUGAGUACCUCACAUGCGCCCCACACUCCGCAGAGGAGGGCCUCUUACCAGUCUCCGCCCAGCCUUCUGUCCUCAGGACACUAUUAAUCAUGGCUGAGUGCUUUAAUUUCCUCAGAGUUUUCUUGGAAAUGUUACUGAGGGAUGGGGGUCCUUCCGCAGAUUUUGGGAAUCAGAUGAGAAGACCUUGUUUCUGAAAUCAAUUUAAUGAAGCCCCUUGAUUUAAUGCGAUUAUGGACGGGUUGAUUGUAGUACAGUUUAAGAUCUUCCCACUGAACCUACAGGCUCUAAGAAACCAACCCAGGAGCGUGUUCCUAUCAAGCAGAUAGGUUCUGGGACCUUACUAGUAAUUAAUCGCAGCUCUGCUUCUCCUGAGCUAGGCAAUGGAUCACUUGGAGUCCUUUAUUGCCGAGUGUGACAGGAGAACUGAGCUUGCUAAGAAGCGGCUGGCAGAGACACAGGAGGAGAUCAGCGCGGAAGUUUCUGCAAAGG